AUGUCGAAGCACCAUCCCGAUUUAGUGAUGUGUCGGAAGCAGACAGGGACUGCUGUUGGUCGUCUUUGUGAAAAGUGUGAAGGAAAAUGUCCGAUAUGUGACACGUAUGUUCGUCCGUAUAAAAAAGUUCGUAUAUGUGAUGAGUGUAACUUUGGUGCAUCCCAAGGGAAGUGUAUUAACUGUGGUGCCGAUGGUGUUGCUGAUGCAUAUUACUGUCGAAAUUGUGUACUUCAGGAAAAGGAUAGGGACGGAUGUCCAAAGAUCGUCAACUUAGGCUCUGCACGGGCUGAUUUCUUAUUUGAAAAGAAGAAACAACUCAACAUCUGA